AUGGAUGGUCUGUUUCUGUUACAGUCAACGGCUGUAGAGCGCAGAAUCCCUUCUCUCGCCGGCGCGGCGUGCUCGGUCGAUCGGCUUAGCUUCCGCCUCGCGCCGGUACCCUCGCCGGACAAGCAGCGGAUGGGCUGCGUGUCGUCGUCGCCGAGGCGGUCCAGGCGCGCGCCGGGGUACGAGGAGCCCGCCGUCCUCGCCUCCCAGACCUCCUUCACGGUGAACGAGGUGGAGGCGCUGUACGAGCUCUACAAGAAGCUCAGCUACUCCAUCUUCAAGGACGGCCUCAUCCACAAGGAGGAGUUCCAGCUCGCCCUCUUCAGGACCAGCAAAGGGCCGAGCCUGUUCGCGGACAGGGUGUUCGACCUCUUCGAUCUCAAGCGCAACGGCGUCAUCGAGUUCGGCGAGUUCGUGCGCUCGCUCAGCAUCUUCCACCCCAAAGCGCCUGAAUCGGACAAGACCGCGUUUGCAUUCAAGUUGUAUGAUUUGAGGGGGACAGGCUACAUCGAGAAAGAAGAGCUCCGGGAGAUGGUGGUAGCACUGCUCGACGAGUCCGACCUGUGCAUCUCCGAUAGCGCAGUCGAGGAGAUCGUUGACAAUACGUUCAGUCAAGCAGACUCGAAUGGCGAUGACAGGAUAGACCCCAAGGAGUGGGAGGAGUUCGUCAAGAAGAACCCAGCAUCGCUGAGGAACAUGUCACUGCCCUAUCUCCAGGACAUUACAACGGCGUUUCCGAGCUUUGUGAUGCAUUCGGAAGCCGACGAUUACAGCGGAAUCAGCAAAUAA